AAUACACAUUUCUUAUGCCAGAUCUCUACCCCUUGGUCGCGUAUGAUGUCUGUCUGUGGGCUCCACGGGCACCUGACUGUGGGCAUCAUCGUGAGAGAGACGACGGUGCUUGAUGGGUAUAAAACGGCCUGGAGGGCGAGUGCUCUGUUUCAUUUUCUCAUCAAACGAUCGCGAGUCCGGUUUUUGGUCUUAGUUGCGCGCAUCAGUGGUCACCCUAUACCGCGGCAUCAUCGGCAAAUCUGCCCCCCAAAAGUGACUUCCCAACCAGAGAGUGCUGCACAGAGUGGAGGCAAAGAAAAGUGUUGGCAGUGUAUACAUUUCAUGUUUACACACAAAAUGAAUUAGAAUUUAAAUUGGGUGACUCGAGAGACGUAAUUUGUAUAAGUUUUUGGUGCAAUUUGCAUCCAACUGAAUAACAUAUCAUAGUGCUCGGUGUUUGUGUACGAUCCUUGUGCCAGGGAACACAGAGUGUGCGGAAUACGUUUUAAAUUAAUUUAAUAUAUGUGACCAAAUGAAUAAAUUCACCAUGAGGACGCAACUUCUCAUACAGACAAUUUGUGUCAUGCUGACUAUUCGGCCUGUGGCAUGGGCAGCCCCCACAGCGGAAGCCCCCAAAGCGGCAGCAUCCUCACCCUCUGCGGUUGCAGUGGAACGAGAACCGCUUCGGGAUGCAAGAUGCAUCAGAUGUUCACCGAGUUCCGGCAUUUACAGCGACAGGGAUCGGGAUUCCAGAUUCCUCAACAUAUUCCGCCCCAUUGGAAAAACUGGGUACGACGAGCGGAAUAGUUGGUACUACCAACCGGACAGGAAUCGAGAGGCUGAUCGCAAUUACGGCUACGGGAACAGAUACGACGAUCGAUAUUCAGGAUAUCCCGGAAGGUAUGACGAUCGAGACCGAUACAAUUAUCGUCCUUCCUACUACGACCAACCACAGCAACCACAAGGAUAUUAUGAUUCACGAUAUAACUCCGUUGGCAAUGAUUAUCGUGGUAAUGACUACCGUGGCAAUGGGUACGACAACAGGGAUCCCUACUACUAUGAAAUGAUGAGAGGUGGAGGUGGAGGGUACUACGACAGAGAUAGGGAUCGUUUCUACGACCGCAACACAGAUCGUAAUCAAUACUACGACAACAACUACGAUCGCUACGCCAACAGAGGAUACUUUGACUACCGCAACUACCGUCCGUACGACGAAACCUACAGAGGUGAAUCCGGCUUUGAUAGCUCAGGACGAGGGUACUAUUUUGCCAAUCGCCCUUCAACGGCACAGCACUAUCACCAGCCUCAAAGCAAUUAUCACUAUCAACCACCACCGCCGCCGCCACCGCCCUCAUACCAGCAACUCCCACUGCCAUACGAUCCACCAGCAGAGUACUACCGGCCGGCACAGGGUGGCUACGAUCGCCCAACAAAUGUACAGAACCGCCCACCGCCGUCGGGGUAUCCUGCACCCCAGCAACCACCAGCUGCAUCGUAUCCCAGUACCGAUGAUCGCAAUCCAUCAGGUAGCUGGAGCUACGUGCCAGAUGACAAGGACCCCAAGAAUCCCACGGGAUACCCGCCAAAUGACAAAGAUACUCCGCAACAAGGCAAUUCGUAUGGCUCGCACUCACGGCCUCUAGGUGGGAGCUACCUCUACGAUCGGGACUCAAAUGAGCCACCGAAGACCACCCCCAAACCAACUACCUCUGAAGCCCCAAAGGAUGAUGUUAAGCCAGCUGAGGAUACACCCGAGGAUGCUGCCGAGGACACCAAGGAUGCUCAGGAUGAUGCGAAAAGUACAGACGAGUGAGCAAGCGGAUAAAUUCCUGCGAUUUUGUACUUGAACUUCGAUAAAUAAUUUAUAUUUCUUUAAUGAUAAAGAGCAAAUAAAAUGAAAGAUUUAGAUUAAUAGAAAAAGAAA